UUGAUACACUGUCUCCUAUACUUGGUUCAAAACAAACAAUUAUUUGAAUCAAACGAUAGCCGAUAACCUUCGGUACAAAGUCAUCUACGUAUUCAACAGAUACAACGGUUUUAUUUUAUUUGUGUUGUAACUAGUUCGAGCACGUAGCCGGUGAUUUUCAUUGUGAGAAAAUUUAUUUGUCGAAAAGAUCUUAUAAAUAAUUUUUUUUUUCUUCAAAAUGUUAACAUCUCCUUUAUUCAUAAUUCACAAGCUCAGUGCACAUAAACGUUGGAUGUGAAAUCUAAAGUGUAUGAAAAGAAGAUUACCAUGGCAAAGAGCAAAUGUUAUAAGAGAUCUCGACGGAAGCAGGAUCAGUAUCAAUCGCAGGAGACUCUUUUGCAGGAAUUAGAUUCGCCCGAAAUGAAUCAUGUUGUAGGAUAUACGAACACUCUCUCGAGAAAAAAUAAGAGAAAAUCGAUCGAACGACUUUUGGAGCAACGAUCCCCAGAGUCGGUACUUUGUGAAUCGCAACAGUUAGAAUUGUCAUGCUACGAUGAUGCGAGCCCAGAGAUUGUACAAAGACUUCGUCGAAGGAAAUUAGAUUUGAAUUGUUCGGACCAAAAUGACGAAGAAGAUGACACUAAGACUUAUACAGAAGUAGAAUUGGCCAAGGUAAAGCAGACAGCCGAGCAACCAGAACAGAAUAUCAAUGCACCUGCAAAUAACUGUUUCCCAUUGGACAAGACCCUGUCUAUGAAUAACGAGAUCAAAUUGGAUAUGAACAAUUGUGAGUCCAGAGAGGAUAAUAAAUCUUUCUCGAAGACGGGGCUUAGUGUUUGCACCUGUGACGUUAAUCUAUAUUCUGUAAAGUCAGCAUACAACUUGCCAUGUAGAUACCUAUCAGAGCCGAUACAGUUUUCCAGCUUUAAUUCCGACGUAGAGUCCCAAAAUCAUGGAUUCAACGAAUUCUUGGGCGAGUUGCAACCAACUGUCUCUGCUUGUAAGUGUGCUGGUCGAAUCAAAGAUGAGGGUGGGUGUACAAAAUUCGAGAUAAUCAACGAGAACACUUUGCAAGACACUAGUGACAAUUCUUUUUCAUCCAACUGGAGCGACUACAAGAAGAUUUUCUCGUAUUUCCGGCAAUUGAAUGGUUUUAAGAAACGAGCUAGCAGACAAGAACAUGGCAGAAAUUUGCAAAAGUGUGUCAACAAGCGUCCUUUCGCGGAAACCGAUAAAAUGGACGAUUCGCAAGAAUGCAAAGAUACAAGGGACAAUGGGACAAAAAUAAGGACUCGUUCUACCACACCUUGCAGCAGUUUAUUGCCUCCUGCUAAAAGGUGCAGAAUGACAUUGAAAUUUGACGACGAAGAGGAAACUGAUCGAUCCGAGAAACCAACUGUUUCUACCCCGGUUACCGAUCUUUUGUUACCAGAAAAGGAAAACGUUCAAAAUUUCUUUUCUUCCAGUAUAACGACCUCGAAGACGCGUUGGAGUACUUGUACAUCCGAAUCGCCAACUAUUUCUACGCUAGAGUUACCAGCUGUAUCGGAUUGCGGUGGUUGCAGUAGGAAUUUGGAAGAACCUGAACGAAGGAUUGAAUUCUGUAAAGAACGUACAUGCCCCGAUCCACAGCAAAAUUAUGAACUGCCUCGAUCUCGAUGGUUUAAAGAGCCAAUACUUAAAAUGAUUUGGUUCUGUGUCUGGCUAAUGAAGAGAGUAAUGAAGCUGUUUAAAAAUAAUUACAGAAAGUUCAAACAGGCUGCUUUAAUAUCUUCUUCAAAGAAACAUGUGCAGAAAUUCGAGGAGCUUGAUCAAAGCGUGAUAACGUUACGUUCAGAAAACAGACAGAUGAUUAAUAUCUUCUUGGAAAAAAUCAAUCAUAUGUCUGAGGAGAUUUCUCAGGUGCGCGUCAGUAAUGCCUCUGCCCUGGCUGCUGUGACUGCAGAGAUCGCUGGUCUACAGGAAAUAACCAGGAAGGUGGCUGAAAACAAUGAAAAACUGAUGCAGGAAUUAAUGAAGUUAAAAACAGGGUUGAAGGAUACGCAAACAAGGUCUCCAAAACUUUCACCUCUUCCACUAAUGCCAUCGAUUCGAAGGUCAUCCUUGCCACCACCUCCUCCGCCUCCUCCGCCUCCACCCCCGCCUCCUCCGCCGUUGCUUCGGUCUCCGGCACAGUCGAUCACACCUACCACCUCAAAGAACAGUAGAAGCGUCAGGACGCCCUCGAGAAAAUGCUCGACGCCGCUAUUUAAUAGGCCAGCUAUAACAGUCGAGGAUUUGUUGAAGGUGACCCUAAAAAAAGCACCGGAGAACGUUAAGGAAAACAGAAGGAAUACCAUACCAGGACCAAAGGGACCGGUGGUUUCCUUGGACAUGCUACGUAGCGUAAAAUUAAAGUCUGCCAGGCGCAGAACGACCGACCAAAUGAUGAGAUCUCCGAGGAGUGCUCGCAUGAUGAAAUCGCGAACUGCGCCGAGUCUCAGCCUGUCCCCGAUCAUGACGGGACCGGACAACUCGUUGAACCGAAUCCUGAAACAGGUGGAUCUCGGUAGGCGUAGACCAAGACGUCUGUUAUCGGGCGUGUCGAACUUUCGCGACACCAUUAUCGCGAAAGAUAAAUACCCGCAGAAUGCCGACACGAAAGAUAGCAAUUCGCAAUCCAUGAUUGCGUAAUCACGCUGUAAAAUAAUUUUAAGCAACUGACGGAACGACGACAAAUGGUGCAAUUUUAGCGAAUAAGGAUAGUAUUUUUUUUAUAAUCGAUUGACGUUACACGACAUGUACAGACUGGAUCACCUAAUAUAUAAACAACUUAAAAUACACCGUUCAAAGUAAUUAGAGGAUUCUGGACAUUUCUGAUAGAAUGAAACGGGUUGUCAAGAAUGGAUGAAAUACUGUGUAUUUAUUGUAGUAAUAUUUCUACUGGAUUAACUUUUAUAGCAUGUGUAUUACUGAACAAUAAAAGCACGCGAGUAAAUGAGCCUCUGAUUAUUCCGAGCAGUAUAUUUUUCCAAAGAAUCGCUACUUUCUGCAUGAUAGAGUGACACUCGAAAUUUAACAGUACGCAUGAUGUGGCAAUUCUAACGAACGUAUUCCAUGGAAUUAUAAUUCGUGUGUAACAAGAAAAAAAAAUGUAUUUUGCAGACUGACUUCGAUAGACUGAUAUUGUCUAGGCUGUAAUAAUGCAUGUAUUGACUUGUUGUUGGCAUUGUUUUUAUUUCAAUUUACAUUAAAUUAUGAUUCUAUUGGAAACACACGUUAGAAUUGUUACUUGAUACACACUGUUAAACUUAUUCUGAUGUAUAUCACAACACACAGUAAGAAGAUAUCGUUUCGUUCGAUGCAGUUCGUAGUAUCGACAGGUUUUUUAAAAUAUAAUGUCGGGUGACUCACUCUGUACACAACAUUGCGAUACAAAGAAAACGCCCUGUACGUUUAAUUUUAAUUUCAUGAUUAAUGUACCAGUAUUUAAUAAAAUAUUUAACAAUAAUAAAGAUUCGAAGAAACGAAUAGAGAGUUGUAAUUACUUUAUUUGUAGCUUUCACGUGUGUGGUUUUACAGAAAAAGGUCGUAUCCGGUGUAAUCGCAUUGAUUGUAAUAGAACAGAGCGUGAAAACGCAUCGCGAAUCCAAAAAAAGACAGAUUUAGCCUCCUCCAAAUGACGAUAAAUUUCGAUAUCCGUGUCUAAUUAUUCGCUCGUGAAUUGGGUUAGCGACAAGAUGGAAUGAUCCGAAGAUAAUUACAGAUACAACUAAUAUUAUAAUACAGAGAGACAAGAGAGGCAAGUAGUACAUCUAGUAAUAGAUGGAAUAAUAGAUGUGUCUUUAUAAAAAUCGGCUAAGCACGCACAACGAUACUGGAUAAAGGAUAAAAGCGGUCUCAAUCGAUACACUGAUCGUUCUAUUCUUCUUUAAUAACGCCUACGGGCAACUCAGAUGUCGAUGACUACCUACGAUUUUACUUUAGCCGGGAAACACUCUACGUUUUUAUCAUUU